UAAAUCCAUUCUCCACCAUUAUAUAUACCCCCUUCUCCUACCUCUCGUAACCUUAAUUUAUCUCUUUCCUUCCCUAUCUAUCUCUACUCUUCUCUCAAACACAUUCUUUUAUUGCAUCCAAAGCAACUAACUGUGUUCAUGUUCAUGAUUAAUAAUCAAUUAGAGCAAGAUGAGUUGCAACGGAUGUAGAGUUCUUCGAAAGGGAUGCAGUGAGAACUGUAUUUUACGUCCGUGUUUACAAUGGAUUGAAAGCCCUGAAGCACAAGGCCAUGCUACUGUUUUCGUUGCCAAGUUUUUUGGCCGUGCUGGUCUUAUGUCCUUCAUUUCUUCUGUCCCUGAAGACCAACGUCCUUCUUUGUUUCAAUCUUUGUUAUUCGAAGCUUGUGGUAGAACAGUGAAUCCAGUAAACGGCGCUGUAGGCCUUUUGUGGACUGGAAAUUGGCACGUCUGCCAAGCUGCAGUGGAAACAGUCCUGCGAGGAGGUACUUUACGGCCGAUGCCUGACUUACUUACCGGCGGAGGAUCUCCAUCUCCAUCUCCACCAUCAGAUGAAGCAUCGGAGUUUGAAGUAGCCUGUACGGACAUAUGGAAGCUGCAGGAUCCAAAUCCAAAUCCAAAUCCAAUUCAUCAUUCUAGAUUCUCGAAUUCGAGAUCUAGAGUCUCAUCGAAAAGGAAAGGGACGGAGGAGCCGAUGGUAGUAAAUAUGCGGCAUAACGAUCUUGAUCUUCUGUUAACCCCAAGUACUUCUCAAACAGGGUUUGCCGAAAUCUGUCGACCGGGUACUCCUUCCAUGAAUUCGGAGGAGUCGGUGACUACGAAUGCAACUUGCUUCGAUAGUGCUGGAUUUGGAGAUCAGUAUGGAAAUGGAGGAGGAGAAACAAAGUUAUUGAACUUAUUUCUUUAGAUUUGUAGCAAGAGAGAGGGGAGAAAGGUGGCGAAGCUCUAUGUUCUGUUUAAUUUUGUGAAUCUGAAGUUCAAAUUAAUGAUGGGAGAAGAUAAUUUGGUGUUAUGCAAGACUUCUUCUUCCUUGUACUGGGUUAGUUUUUUUUUUUACACUGAAUUGGAUUCCGGAGAGAUUUUGUAGAAAAACAUGAAAUUGGUAAUGAAGUACUGUUUUCUUCUUUCUUUCAUGUCUUCCACUCCAUGACUGUAUGACAAUGAAUAAAACCAAUCUAGUUUUCUCUUUUGUUCUACUUAA